AUGAUUCUUGGUGUCAAAAAUAAUGAGAAUCCGGCACCGCCGGCGGCUUCUGGAUCCCCGAAAGCGUCAGAUGAGGCGCCGAAAAGUGAAUAUCAUAAAGAAGUGACUGCCGAGGACAAAAAAGCGCGAAAAGCGGCGAAAGCUGCGGAGAAAAAGGCUAGAGCCGAAAAAUCACAAGCGAAUAAAGCGGCGGCAGCAUCUGGCGCUCCUGCUCAAAAGCAAGAAAAACCACAAAAAUCCGCUCCAAAACCGUCAGAAAAUACUGAAAAAGAGCUGAUUGAGGAGAGAGAUCGUCUGAAAAAAGAGACGGAGCAACUGGAUGCACAAAUGGAAAAAUUGAUAAUAGUUGAGGAUAAUAAAGUGAACGGAGAUUUGAAAUCAGCUAUCAAGAAAUCGAAUGGAGUGGAGAAGAACGUUGGACACGUUCAUAAUGUUAUUAUGCCAUCAGCUGUCACUUUUGAUCUGCCCAAAAAUCAAGUAAAAAUAGUGGCAUCCGCAUCGGAUUCAGAUGAAGGCGUCGCUUCGGAAAUCGAAUCCACAGCCAUCUCUCAACUAGACGAUGCCACGUGUCUUGCACACAUUCAUCCCGCAUUUUUGACACUUUUGGCGACAGCUGAAAUGGAGAAAAUUCCAGAUGUCGAGACUGUCUGUAUCAAGUUUAUUCAAGCGUUUAAGGAGUUCCUUCGCGAUUGGUCUGCCGAACGCGAGAAAACGCAUUCGGACGUCUCGACGUACGGUCACGACCUCGACCUAGCCAUCCGCCCGCAACUCGCCCAUUUGACACAAAACGGUCAUUGGCCCCUCCCAUUUGCUCUCGGAAAUACAGUAAGACUGCUGAAAAGAACCAUAAAACGAGUGGAAGAGGAGACGACGGCCGAUUGUGAAGAGGCACUUCAACAGUAUCUGGAAGACACGUUGGCUAUAAAUUUCAGUCAUGCUUAUAAAGCGAUCAGUCAACUUUUGGUCCGAAAAAUUCGACAAUUCAAAAAAGUUGUCGUUUUCGAUUGGUGUCCCGUGGUGAAUUAUGUGCUUCUUGACGCGAAAACUCAGAUUUCUGACAUGCAAUUGUCUGUAAUUGAUGCGAAUAAUGGGGGACGGGGUACCCGACAUGUGAAGAGUUUUGUGGAGAGAGGAUAUAAUGUGAAGUAUGUGACGAUGAAGGGAGCGUCGUGGGCUUCGCAGGAUGGCGCCGUCCUGAUACUCGGAUGCUCUGCAAUCUUCGCCAAUGGAGCAGUCGCCGCACAAAAAGGAGCACUUGCUGCGGUGCUCUGCGCUAAUCACUACAAUAUUCCAGUCAUCGUUGUCGCUGAGCAUUUCAAGUUUAUUGAUAAGGGUCAUGUCUACCAACGCGUCGCACUUCUCGGCCGUCAAAAUAUCGAAGUGAUUCAAUCGGAUCUCGUCUCGGCCGUCGUCACCGAUUUGCGGAUUCUCGGACCGACGUCGGCGCCGGCUGUGCUCAAAGCGAAGGCGUUGACUGAUAUGGCUUAG